AUGGCUCACGCUCAUGGCCACUACGAGGAGCUGCUGCCGGCGAAGUCUCCUCCACAGGUGUCCCUAGUGCUCUCUGUCCUGCUCGUCUGUCCUCUUCUCGUCCUCCUCGUGCGCCGCUGCUUUGGAACGACGACGCCGUCGACGGCCACGGCAAGAGCCAGAGAACAGCUGCUGAGCAAGAUGCCUUCGCCUCCAAGCAGGCUACCCAUCAUCGGCCACCUGCACCUUGUUGGCCCCCUACCACACAUCUCUCUCCGUGACCUCUCUGCCAAGCAUGGCCGUGAUGGCCUCAUGCUCCUCCACCUCGGUGCCGUCCCUACGCUCAUCGUCUCCUCGCCGAGCGCCGCGCAGGCCGUGCUCCGCACGAAAGACCACAUCUUCGCGUCCAGGGCCUACUCCCCAGUCAUCGACAUCCUCUUCUACGGCUCCACGGACGUCGCCUUCUCCCUGUACUGUGAGCACUGGCGCCAGGUCAAGAAGAUUGCCACCACGCACCUCCUCACAAACAAGAAGGUCCGGUCCUACUGCCAUGCACGCGAGCAUGAGGUGAGGAUGGUGGUGGCUAAGAUCCGCGAGGCGGCCACCGCAGGCACCGCUAUCGACCUGAGUGAACUGCUCAACGCCUUCGCCAACGACAUCGUGUGUCACGCUAUGUCUGGCAAGUUCUUCAGAGAGGAAGGCCGGUACAAACUUUUCCGGGAGCUCGUCGAGGCGAACUCGUCACUCAUAGGAGGUUUCAACCUAGAGGACUACUUCCCGGUGCUGGUGAAGCUGGACAUCAUCAAGAGGAUGAUGUGUGCAAAGGCACAAAAGGUGAACAAGAUGUGGGACGACUUGCUCAAUACGCUCAUCGAUGACCAUGCAAGCAAGCCAGCGUCAGAGCGUGACGGGGAGGAGAGUGACUUCAUCGAUGUCUUACUCUCCCUUCAACAAGAGUACAACCUCACGAGAGAUCACAUUAAGGCGCAGCUGGUGGUAAUGUUUGAAGCUGGCACAGAUACAUCAUUCAUAGUUCUAGAAUAUGCGAUGGCUCAGCUCAUGCAAAACCCCUGCCUCAUGAAGAAGCUACAAACCGAGGUGAAAGCACUAUAG